AAAAGUGUUGUAACAAACGACAUUAACCAAGCUUCAGUUCAACACAAAAUGUCCUAACCUUAGCAGAACCCUCUCUCCACCUCACCUGAGAGGUUACAGCCCACUUGAGCUCACUGCACAACAACACAUAGCCUGGCUGAUGUUUGACUGAAGCCGUUAAAUAUCGGUUGCGUAAACGCAGGCUGGUAAAGAAGUGCAGGACUUUAACAAGCUAACUUCAGGGAGCGAGUGACUUAAACCGUUUGUUAGCGAAGACUGUUUGCUGAGAAAGGAAGGAAAUGCAGUCUGUGGUUAAACAAAACCUCCAUUCGGAGAGCGAAGGAGACAUCAACAAACUCAUCAACCUGAAGCUAAAUGCAUCCUACACCUACCUUGCUCUGGGGAUGUACUUUGACAGGGAUGAUGUUGCCUUGCCAAAAUUCUCCAGUUUUUUCCUGGAGCGCUCAGUGACAGAGAGGGAACAAGCUGAGAAGCUGCUGGAAUAUCAAAACAUGAGAGGAGGCCGAAUCUUGCUUCAGACUAUCGCUAAACCAAGUAGGGAGGAUUGGAGAGGUGGUCUGGAUGCAUUGUCCUUUUCCCUCGACUACCAGAAGUCCCUUAACUCGUGUAUCCUUGAUGUGCACCGCAGAGCUGGCAACCACACUGACCCUCAUCUGUGUGACUUCCUCGAGCAGCACUUCCUCACCGACAGCCAUGACACCAUCAAGAAGCUGGGUGAUUAUGCUGGAAGCCUGACCCGUCUCACUGCGUCUGAGACACAGGGUUCAAUGGGAGAAUACCUCUUUGAUAAACACACCCUGUAAAGGUCACCAGCAGUACAAUGACACAAGCUCCACAUUUCAAAAGAUAAAGAGUCAAGUGGGCAAUAGUCCCUCACAACAACCUUUUUUUCCGUUAAGACAAGUUUACAAUAUUUUUAUCCGUUACCCUAAACUUCUUUCUUGUACCAAUGGCACAAGAGAAAUUAAAAGCAAAAUAACAGAAAAUACCUCAAAACACCCCAGUGGAAAAUCAGUGUUUCCACCAGUAUGGUGCUAAAUACUACCAUUUUCCUAAGCUGUUAAAAUGAGUCACUUGUGCAUUUGGACUCAGUUUAUCAUGUGUCAUGCAUUCCAUAGAGUCAGAGGUAACAUUCACAACUGUUUUGUAAAUUGUAUACUAUUUUGAGUCAAUCAAAAUGGUUUAAAUUUGUAUAAUCAUGCAAACAUUGAAUAAAGUCAGAUUAUGCUGA